UCAGUGCAGCUGCUGACAGAGCGCUCAUCCUCCGCGUCCAUACUCGGUGGUGGCUCCUAACAAUGGACGGUACGCGGCUCUCGUCAGGCGGAUGAUGCAGCGGCGCGGUAACGUAAAGCGAGGACGGGGCUGAGCCGGGAUGCUGAAAGGAGGACGCCGGAGACACCGCAGUUUGCAGAAGAUCCCUUGGGAAUUGACCAUGGAUUUACUGUGGCUCCACUAUUACCUGUGGAAUAAGACCCAUGGAAGACGACAGCUCUCCAGAAUUGUUAACCUACAUUGAUUCAACUGGACCGGACAAUUAUGGUUUUCUCAGCAAUGCUUACACCCGCUCAUCCCGUGACCUCCUAUAGCACACACAUCAUAUAUGUAAAUGGCUAUACAAACUUAACGCCACAGCCUUCCUUUCGUGGCCACUUGGAUGUUCCACCAAAAUACGGUCCAGUUGCCAUGACCACAACUGGUACACUACCGGUGAACACAACCGCUUCUACCACUCAAGCUACGAAAGAUCUCUCUGAGACCUUGAAUUUACCCCUUCAGAUAAUACUCUCUGCCGUGAUGAUAAUUAUUCUCUUACUGUCAUUCCUUGGAAACUUUGUCGUUUGUCUCAUGGUGUACCAAAAAGCUGCCAUGCGAUCGGCAAUUAAUAUUCUUCUGGCAAGCCUGGCAUUUGCCGACUUGCUGCUUUCCAUUCUCAACAUGCCCUUUGCUUUGAUCACCAUCAUCCUAACUGAGUGGAUUUUUGGAGAAGUCUUCUGUAGAGUAUCAGCCAUGUUUUUUUGGCUGUUUGUAAUAGAAGGUGUUGCCAUCCUGCUUAUAAUAAGCAUAGACCGGUUUCUAAUUAUUGUACAGAAACAAGACAAACUCAAUCCCCACCGGGCAAAGAUUCUCAUUGCAAUUUCAUGGGCCACCUCGUUGUGCAUAGCUUUUCCUCUGGCUGUUGGGAACCCACACCUACAAGUACCGUCUAGAGCUCCGCAGUGCGUGUUUGGCUACACUACAAAUGCCGGCUAUAAAGCCUACGUGAUUCUUGUGGUACUGAUUUUCUUUUUUAUUCCUUUUAUGGUGAUGCUUUAUGCCUUUAUGGGCAUAUUGAACACUGUGCGGCACAAUGCAGUCCGUAUACAUAGCCAUCCGGACAGCAUAUGCCUUAGCCAAGCAAGCAAGCUAGGUCUCAUGAGCCUUCAAAGGCCUUUCCAAAUGAAUAUAGACAUCAGCUUUAAAACCCGUGCCUUCACUACCAUAUUGAUUUUAUUCAUCGUCUUCAUAGUCUGCUGGGCACCAUUCGCUACGUACAGCCUCGUUGCCACAUUUAACAGUGACUUUUACAACAAGAGCAACUUUUUUGAGAUCAGCACGUGGCUUCUUUGGCUAUGCUACCUCAAGUCUGCACUAAACCCAAUAAUCUACUACUGGAGGAUUAAGAAAUUCCGGGAUGCUUGUUUAGAUCUAAUGCCCAAGUACUUCAAAUUUUUACCCCAGUUACCAGGACACACAAGAAGAAGAAUCCGGCCCAGCGCCAUAUAUGUGUGCGGGGAACACAGAUCUGUAGUGUGAAUUUUUGAAUAUUUUUUUUUUUUCUUAGCGUGACUGCCAUAAAAUAUUUAAUGUUUUCAACUAUUUCCCUUGUGCAAAAGGUGAUGCAUUCUGUUCUCUGCCAGGAAGAAAUGUACAUGACAGAAUAAUACGUGUUACCUCUAGGAUUUAUGGUAAAUCCAUGUAAGGUUGAUGCUUGCCAGGCCUGCAGUUGGUGUUAUUGCGGGCACCUUGUAUGCUGCUACAAUCAGUGGAUGUGUCAUUUUUCUGAAACAAAUGUUGCUGCUUUUGCUAUUAGAUUUGAGCCAAAAAAAUGUUCUGUAGCUGAACUUUGCAGGAUCUCUUCAGAAGUUCCCAAUAUCAGUAGUGUAUCUGACUAUCUUUUAGCCGUUUCCUGACAUGGCUGUAUGAGGGGCAGACCGAAUCUCACCCCCCCUGCAGACUGGUGAAAGCGUUUGUGCACUUUAUCAGAUCUUCUCUCGCCCCUCUGUCCCUUUGGUGUUUAGCAGUGGAAAUAUUAAGACCGUACAUAUUUUUUUUUGUAACCGAAUAUAUUCACAUUUAAUGUACAGUGCCUGAACACUAGGUAGGUCUUCAGUCAUAAUGGUAAAUAUAAUAUUAUAAUCAGGGCUAAGAUACUGUGAAAUGGAAAAGCAUACAGCGAACUGUAUGCAGAAAUUCGGAAUUGGGCAACAUUUUUUUUUUUUUUUUUUUUAAACCAGAUACAUGGUUUCCCUUUUUUAUAUAAUUUAUGUUACGGUAAUGGAGAUACAGUUCUUCAGGUGGCGCCACUACCGUGGACAUACAUACACGUUAUGUCUAGACUGCAUAGGUAACUAGAGGUGUAAAAUUGUUUAGGGCACCCAAAUGAUCCAGAUGUCUAAUACUGAUCCUUUCAGAUCGGACACGCCUAA